AUGCCUUCCACCAAGCCUUCAUCUCACGUUUUAGUAACUGGCGCGAGUGGAUAUAUCGCUAGUUGGACAUGUCAAUUCUUACUUGAAGGUGGUUUCAAAGUGCGUGGAACGGUGAGAUCAAAAGAGAAAGGAGAUCAUCUCUCGCAAAUUUUUGAAAGAUUCGGAAAUAAAUGGUCAUAUGUGGUGAUCGAGGAUAUCGAAAAGCCAAAUGGUUUUGAUGAAGCUGUCAAAGACAUUGAUUCAGUGGCCCACAUCGCUUCGCCCUGCCACAUGAAUGUGACUGACGACCCUUACAAAUAUGUGAUCAAUCCUGCCGUCAUUGGAACCUUAUCGAUAUUGAAUUCAGCUAAUGGACCUAAUGGAAAAUCUGUCAAGCGUAUCGUCAUCACCUCAUCAUUGGCGGCAGUUUUGAAUCCAACAAAUGAUUUGAAUCAUGUCUUCAAUGAAAGUGAAUGGAAUGAAUACUCCUCAGAAGUCGUAAAAGCCAAAGGAAAAGAUUCUCCGCCUGUAGAGAUUUACCGGUGCUCCAAAACGGCCGAAAAGGCGGCCUGGAGCUUUAUGAAGGAAAACCAACCAGCCUUUGACCUAGUCACUCUUUGUCCGUCUUACGUCUUGGGUCCAGUUAUUCAUCAGGUCAAGGAUUCGAAGUCGAUAAAUGGAAGCGUGAAAUUAUUUUACAAUUACCUCGUCGGAAUUAGUGACGCCGAAUCAGCAAAAAAACCCUUCUCGUCCGAGGUAGACGUGCGUGAUCUUGCAGUCGCCCACAUCCAGGCACUUGUAAUCGAGAAAGCCGGAGGAAAUAGAUACGCUAUUUCUAAACGUUGGUUAGAUCCUGAUCAUGUACUCUGUUUGACAUGUGGAGGAUCAAAAAAUUUCAACGCUUUGGCGUUUACUUGGCAAGACGCACUGGAUAUCCUUCACGAAAAAGGCCAAGGGAAAGAUUGGCCGAAUUCUACGAAAGGAGAACCAGGUAGCGGAAAGUCUGCAAAACAAAAUCUAUAUGAUGCUUCUAAAUCAAUCAAUGAUUUGGAUAUGAAGUAUCGACCAUUUGAAGAGACUAUAAUAGAUAUGAGUAACUCAUUGAAGGCUCUUUCCAAGACAUGGCGAUAUGUAUUCUUCAAACCUACAAGAGCACGAAUAAGAAAAUCACUUGUCAAAGAACAACACCAGUUUGAACAUAAAACAGUCCAUAUAAAUGAGAUUGUUCAGGAUGGCUUCCAAGGAAAUGGAAUAGAUCAAAAGAUAGGAAAUGAAAUAAACAGAUAA